UUUAAAAUUUAAUAUUAACUUAUUCGAAUAAUAUAUGGGAUGCCUAUAGCAAGGCGAUUAUGACAUUGAUUUGCGAUGGUCUCGCAUUUCCAAAUAGACUUUGCAUUUUGAAUUUCCACCCUGUAUACCACAUUUGUUGACAUUGCUUAUUUUUAUUGAUAAAUCCUUUAAUUCUCAAUAAAAUUUGCCAUCAGUCUUCGAAAAUCGUAAAUCGAUACGAUACGAUUCUUCAUUAUCGUCAAGAUAAGAUGGGAUACAAAUUAAACGAAUUAUCGGUUAGUCGAUUAACUGGCUAUCCGAUUAUUCGGUUUUCAUAGUUGUACUAUUUUGAAUUGAGAAAAAUACUACCUACUAUAUAACUAUAUGUACUAUGCUUGUUGAAGAACAAUAAUCCAUAAUCCAUAAAUUCACUGACCCUCCGCCUAUGGUUCCUCGCUAACAGAUAUCUAUCUGCCACUGAUGGCGAUAAGCAAUUAAUACAAUAUACCUAAACCGGCUUUCGGAGUCUCCAUUUGACAUCAGUUCAAAUUGCAUAUUUACCAAACGGUCCCAUUCAAUCCGUUCCUGGUAUCUGGUACCCUCUCUCUGUCUCUAUUUCUCUCUCUCUCUCACUCACUGGGUCUUGGUUGUAGUGUAGUAUAUACUCGGCACAGGCCUUGGCUAAUUUUAAACCCUGCCUGCCUCGAUCGAGGCGAGGCGAGGAGAAGUCAACAGGCCGCAUGCCUCCCGUUUUGCCGUGUCUGUGGUUAGUGGUUAGUUUCGAAUACAAAGCCGGCGCGUACACUUAACCUUACUUCAUGUCGUCUCUCUGAUGGGUUAGUUUACGUUGAAAUAAUGUCGAGUGCAGGCCAAAAUAUACCCUCCUCGGCGGACGCCUGCCAAAAUAUCGUUCACACAUUGAUGUGUCAUCGUCAGGGUGGUGAAAGUGAAGGAUUUUCGCGAAGAGCAAUCGAAUCGCUGGUGAAAAAGUUAAAGGAAAAACGGGACGAACUCGAUUCGCUUAUUGUUGCCAUAACGACGGGCGGAGCUCAACCGAGCAAGUGCGUCACUAUUCAGCGAACUUUGGACGGUCGUCUACAGGUGGCGGCGCGCAAGGGAUUUCCCCAUGUGAUUUAUGCGCGCAUUUGGCGUUGGCCUGACCUGCACAAAAACGAAUUAAAACAUUUGAAAUUGUGCACGUACGCGUUCGAUUUAAAAUGCGAUUUGGUUUGCGUCAACCCGUAUCACUACGAGAGGGUGGUGUCGCCAGGAUUAGAUUUGUCCUCGCUGACUUUGCAUUCGGUACCGGCUAGGAAUAAUGGCAUCAAUAUGGACGUUGAAAAUGAUAUGGCUAUGGGCCAAACAAUCCAACACCACCAUCCUCAACAUCACAAUAUAAUCACGCAACAAGCCAGGGCAGGAAUGUUUGGGAUGCACAUAAGAAAUAAUAUGCCCAUACCAAAAGAAGAACCACAACUACCUCCAGAACAACCGCUUGAAAUUAGCAACUGGAGCCAUCACGAUCAUCACAUGUCACCUCCACAUCAACCAGUUAUGUCACCUCCACAUCAACCAGUUAUGUCACCUCAGAUGCAACAGCAAUUAAGUGUUUCUCCACCUGAACAACAACAAAACCUUCACUACUACAACGGUCAAUCGGAUCGAGGAUCUCAAAGUUUGCGAGAAGUAAUUCAACCUGCUAAUAAUAUGAUACAGCAACAAUCAAUGCCUCAAUCACCAAUGUCCAAUGUUCCUGAUAAUAGUGGACCAAUUAAGAAUAAUGUUUAUCCUACAAAUAAUUGGGAACAGCAACAACAAAUGUCUAUGCAAAAUGAAACAACAAAUACAGGAAUGUUGUCAAACCAAGCAUUACCCGAAUAUUGGUGCUCAAUAGCAUAUUUUGAACUGGACACCCAAGUUGGUGAAACUUUUAAAGUUUUAUCGAAAAUACCAACAGUCUCGGUAGAUGGCUAUGUAGAUCCUAGUAGAGGAAAUAGAUUUUGUUUAGGUGCUCUGAGUAAUGUUCACAGAACUGAUCAAAGUGAGAGAUCGAGACUACAUAUUGGCCGAGGGGUUGAACUAACUCUAAAAGGCGAAGGAGAUGUUUGGCUUCGAUGUCUAAGUGAUCACUCAGUAUUUGUACAAAGCUACUAUUUGGAUAGAGAGAAUGGACGCCAACCUGGAGAAGCUGUGCAUAAAAUAUUCCCUGGAGCAAACAUUAAAGUGUUUGAUUUACGUCAGUGCCAUCAACAAAUGACCUCCCAAGCUGCAUCCGCCCAAGCGGCAGCUGCGGCUCAAGCAGCUGCUGUUGCAGGUCACAUUCCUGGUCCUCAUUCAGUAGGAGGAAUCGCACCCGCCAUGAGUCUUUCUGCUGCUGCAGGAAUUGGUGUUGACGACUUGCGACGACUCUGUAUACUUCGCCUCAGUUUUGUGAAAGGAUGGGGUAGAGAUUAUCCUAGGAAAAAAAUAAAAGAAACUCCUUGUUGGAUAGAAGUACAUCUUCAUAGAGCCCUUCAACUUUUGGAUGAAGUUUUGCACAAAAUGCCUGCAGAGGGUGGAUGUAGUGCAAAGUAGGAAUUUAACAUAGGGGUUUUUGUAUUGAAGUUUUCAAAACAUCAUCAUAAUAUGCUAAUAUUUAAUAUUGGCAAAUAUUUUAUAUCAGAACGUUAUGACAUUAGAAUUUGAAGGUUCUAUUUUGCAUCAUUUUACAAGAAGAAUACACACAGACACAUAAGUUGACAGCUCAUAAUUUAAAAUAAUAUAAUAUUUUCUAAGAAACAGCUCAAGUAUUAAUUAACUAAAAUAGAUACGAUAUAUUAUAUCUUCCAUAUCUCAGGAAAAUAUUGAUCUUAAAAACAUACAACUUUGGUAAAAAUUUUGUAUGUUGAACUAUGUCAAACACAAUCUUAGUUUAGAUUCCUAUAUGCCUAUUAUUGUAGACAUUCUUAUAAAUUUUCUUAGUAGGUACGCUUCUUUUCAUUGAUUAGAAAGUAAACCGUCAGAUUUUGGCCAUAUUCUAUUGAAAAACAUGUGAUAAUAUGAAAAAGCACAUUUUGUUUGUUUUCAAACAUAAAGGCUCUCUAAUGGAUUUUUUUUCUUGUAAUAUAUUUUUUAUUUUUGUGUUAGACCAGGAAAGGUUUGGUAGAUUGUUAGUUACUAGAAGAUUUAAGAUUUACUUAAUAAUAUAGAAAUAUCAAGUUUGACUGUGGUAUUAGAAAGUUACGUAUUUUAUAUAUAUAUAUAUAUAUAAAAAAAAACAUAGGACCAAGAAGAAACAUAUGUUAUAUUAUUAUGGAAAGAUAUUUUUGGUAGGUAUACCUUCGGCUCUUAUGUUGUUUUGAAAAAAUAAUAUUAUAAAUUUACGUCCCAAAGAUUGUUAAAAUUGAACUUUUUAUUAGGUACCUAUCUAGAAUGUUAAAAUUCUAAUUAUCAGAUUCUUUUUUAGAUAUUUUUUCCAGAUAUAUUUCUGUAGAAUAGAAAUCAUAUACAUAUUGAAAUAUAUAAUUUGUUUAUGAAGUA